UUUUUUUUAUUUCCCUCUCAAUCCAAAAAACAAAACGCCAUUAAAACCCCAAUUUUGUCACUCUCUCUCUCUUAUCAGACCAGAAGCGACGACACCACAAAAAUUAUGGAGGGAGCAACUCUGCUUCGCUCUUCUCUCGCCUCCAGCAACCGCCUCUUCUUCUCCUUCCGCUCUUCCCGCCGCUUCGCCCUCCCCUCAUCUCGCUCUUCUUCUUCCACAGCUUCUGCUGUAAGAAACCACCGCCACCGUCCGAUUCUCAACCCCCGCAGACGCUCCCUGCUCCACCGCGCCAGCAGAUUACUCCCCUCCUCUGCCCCCAACGUCGCUAGAAGCUUCUCCUCCCUCUCCCCGCGUGCAGUCGCCACCCCCUUCACUCAGUCCCCUUCAGAGUUUUCUGGGGUGCAAGAUGAAGUCGUGGAAAAGCUCGGGUUCGAGAAGGUCUCUGAGGAGUUCAUUGGAGAGUGUAAAUCCAAAGCUUUGCUUUUCAGGCACAAAAAGACCGGUGCCCAAGUCAUUUCGGUGUCCAACGACGACGAGAAUAAGGUUUUCGGCAUUGUUUUUCGGACCCCUCCGAAUGAUUCCACUGGGAUCCCUCACAUUCUGGAACACAGUGUGCUGUGUGGAUCAAGAAAGUACCCUUUGAAAGAACCAUUUGUUGAAUUGUUGAAAGGGAGCUUGAAUACGUUUCUGAAUGCAUUCACAUAUCCGGAUAGGACUUGCUACCCAGUUGCUUCCACAAAUACAAAGGAUUUCUAUAACCUUGUCGAUGUAUAUCUGGAUGCCGUCUUCUUUCCUAAAUGUGUGGAGGACUUCCGGACUUUCCAACAGGAGGGUUGGCAUUACGAGCUCAAUGAUCCUUCUGAAGAUAUAUCUUAUAAAGGAGUUGUUUUUAAUGAGAUGAAAGGGGUCUAUUCCCAGCCCGAUAAUAUACUUGGUCGGACUGCUCAACAGGCUCUUUUUCCGGACAAUACCUAUGGUGUUGACAGUGGAGGUGAUCCAACCGUUAUUCCUAAACUGACAUUUGAUGAGUUCAAGGAGUUCCACCGUAAAUAUUACCAUCCCAGCAAUGCCAGGAUCUGGUUUUAUGGAGAUGAUGAUCCAACGGAACGCCUGCGCAUUUUGAGUGAGUACCUAGAUAUGUUCGAUGCAAGUUCAUCUCCAAAUGAAUCAAGAAUUCAACCGCAAAAACUAUUUUCCAAACCAAUUUGGAUUUCUGGGAAAUAUCCUGCUGGUGAAGGUGGUGACUUAAGGAAGAAAAACAUGGUAUGCCUCAAUUGGUUGCUCGCUGAGAAUCCCCUAGACUUGGAGACUGAGCUUACGCUUGGGUUUCUGGAUCAUCUUAUGUUGGGAACGCCUGCUUCUCCAUUGAGGAAAAUAUUGCUGGAGAGUGGCUUGGGAGAGGCCAUAGUUGGUGGUGGAGUUGAAGAUGAGCUCCUACAACCCCAAUUUAGUAUUGGGUUGAAGGGCGUUUCGGAAGGUGACAUUCAAAAGGUAGAAGAAGUAGUCAUGAGUACACUUAAAAAGUUGGCAGAGGAAGGUUUUGAUACAGAAGCUGUAGAAGCAUCCAUGAAUACGAUUGAGUUCUCUCUGAGGGAAAACAACACAGGAUCAUUUCCUCGUGGUUUGUCACUAAUGCUCCGGUCCAUGGGUAAAUGGAUAUAUGAUAUGGAUCCAUUUGGGCCAUUAAAGUAUGAGAAACCUUUACUGGCACUGAAAGCCAGGAUAGAAGCUGAAGGCUCGAAGGCUGUUUUCUCUCCCUUAAUAGAGAAAUUUAUUUUGAACAAUCCCCAUAGAGUUGUGGUAGAAAUGCAGCCUGAUCCAGAGAAAGCUUCUCGUGAUGAAGAGUCUGAGAAAGAAAUCUUGCAAAAAGUUAAAUCAGGUAUGACAGAAGAAGAUCUUGCUGAGCUAGCUCGUGCUACACACGAGCUGCGACUGAGGCAGGAAACUCCUGACCCUCCGGAAGCUUUGAGAAGUGUUCCAAGUCUCUCUCUGCAAGACAUUCCAAAGGAACCUACUCGUGUCCCCACACAGGUUGGGGAUAUCAAUGGUGUGAAAGUUCUGCAGCAUGACCUCUUUACAAAUGAUGUCCUGUACACUGAAGUUGUGUUCAAUAUGAGUUCACUAAAGCAAGAGCUUCUUCCUUUGGUACCUCUUUUUUGCCAAUCAUUGUUAGAGAUGGGCACAAAAGACUUAAGUUUUGUGCAACUUAAUCAGUUGAUUGGAAGGAAAACUGGAGGAAUAUCAGUUUAUCCAAUGACAUCAUCUGUACGGGGCAAGGAGGAACCCUGUAGCCAUAUAAUUGUUCGAGGAAAAGCCAUGGCAGGACGUGCUGAUGACCUAUUUCAGCUGGUAUACUUUGUUCCUUUUCUUUUUAGAGUUGGCCAAUAAGACAUUCCCGUUCAUUACUUAAAGAAUAAUUAAUAUGAAGUGGGCUUCAUGUAUUUAUUGCUUUUAA